GAUGUUUGUGAACCAGCACACAAUAAACCCUAUUGAUGCGACAAAAAAUAAUGUACUGGCCUAUGUUGGAUAAAAAAAAACUCCUGGCCGCUGAAAGUGUUUAUCAAAUGAUUGUUAUAAUAAUAGAGAUCAGAUAGAGAAAAACGUGGCAUUUAUCGUGCAGGUGGCUGCUUUAUACGGACGUUAAACUGGUUAAUACGACCAAUUCAUACACGCACGAACGCACGCACGCACGCGUACACAUACACACGCGCGUAUUCGUUUUGUACACUUAAAUUAUCCCAUAUGCCUGAUACCUAGUAACUAAUAUUUAGCUUGCACCAGCAUUACAUCAACCAGAAAAUCCCAGUAACAAGUAUGUACAUGUGAAGCUUCGAUUAGCUACUUCUAAAAAUAGUCAAUGACAUACGAUAAUCCAUUAUUUUGAUUGGCUAACGUGGGAAUUCCAUUGUCAUGUAGGUCGUUCUUGUCAAAGUUGCACCACUCUGCUGAAAGGAUAAAACAUGUAAUCGACUAUUAAAGGUUGACAAACAUGACAGUGGUGAAAGUCUCGAAAGAGGUGCACCGGCUCUUAAAGACCAUAGGACGAGUGUCGAACGGGCAGGCCAAAGUGGAGUCGUGGGAUCCGGAUGACGUGCACAAAAUAACACUGGAGAUCUCGCCCAACGACGGCUUAUACAAGGGAGGCAGGUUUCUGUUUGAGGUGAUCAUGGAAGAAGACUUUCCAGUGACCCCCCCAGCCGUCCGGUGUCUGACACCCAUUUACCACCCCAAUAUAGAUCCUACUGAUAAUGCAGAGGGCUCCACAAACGUCUGCUUGGACAUGUUCGACGGCGAGACCUGGGACGAGGUGUACGGCUUGGAUGGAGCCUUGCAAGGGAUCCUGUUCCUCUUCUACCAUCCAAAUAUUGAGGACCCACUCUCGCCAUACUUCGACCCCUCGCUGAGUGAAGACGAGUUUGCGGAUAAUGUGAAGAGAUCACUGAGAGGGGAGGAUGUAGAAGGAGUCGAGUACACGUGCAAUAUGUACGGCGAGACCGAGGACAACGCAAAGACUGACGAAGGGAAGGUAGAGCUGAUCAUGGAUUCGUUGUCGUCAAAAGAUGAGAAGACUGCAGACAUUACAAAAGAUGUAGCAAACGACACAAACGAAAAUGUAGAAAAUAAUCCAGUGGGUGAAAGAAACGAAGACAUUGUAGUUACAACUGGUGCGGUCAACGAAAGUGUGAUACCGGAGAUCAAGUUCGGGGUGAUAGACUUUAGUAACAUUGUAGAAGCAGAGGUCAAGGAUGGUGAGACAGAGGUUAAUAGCAGUGUAACAUCUGAGGUCAAGGACAUGGCGAUAUGGGAGGUCAAGGAGACGGUGACAUCGGAGGUCAGUCCAAGUGCAAUAAUUGAAGUCUGUGAAAAUGUGAUAUCAGAUAUAGCUAAUACAAACGGAGAUCGAUCUACAGUUCCUCAAGCAGUGUUCAACCAACAGGACACGAACUCUGUCAUAGAUCAGUCGGAAAACCCCGCAAUACCUGACAACACGAUAAAAAGGAAUUCAGUGUGGUGUCCCGUGAGACUCCACCGUGGACAGCGUAACUAUCGUGUCCAGCUACAGACAUUUGAUAGACUCUCCCCAGAGACUGACAUUUUGCUUUUUGUUUUGUGGCACAUAUUUUCUAAAUCACUUGCUGCUGGUAGUUCAAACUCCUGUUGAUAAUUAUGAGGUACCUAGCGGCGCGAGGGGAAUGGAUGCGGGUACGGUAACCGUUUUUCUGAAAACUACAAAAUUGUACCCGUUUAGUUUAAACGUGUCCUGGUCAGCGAAUUAUACCAGCUUCGUAAUUAGCGUGAGUAUGCAGCUAAUUCCAGAAACCCCCCCACAAAAGUACGUUUUUAAGUUUAAAAGAAUUUCUUCUCGAUAGCUGGAGAAGUCCUACAAUUUCAUGCUACCAUUCCUUUUUAAUUGCCCCCCCAACCCCCCCCCUCCCCAACCUCCCCCCGCCCGUUAUUUCAGCACACAUACAUUACAUACGCGUUCUCCAACGGAACAGGAUUUUCGUGUGGUUCUUUUUUUUCUUCUCUUUUUCAAGUACAUUUUUUUUAGUAUGAAACAAUAAUAAUAGACGUGCGAUUCCUGCUGGUUGCUCUAGCUCACCGAGAAUUUUUAAUGAUCACACGAGUUACUCCCCUUAUUAGGAACAAUCUGUUGUUUGUAUACUAUAUAGACCGGCCUCGUAUCGGUUGUGUCGUGGUUAAGCCAUCGGACAUAAGGCUGGUAGGUACAUGGUUCGCAGCACGGUACCGGCUCCCACCCAGAGCGAGUCCCACACUCGACAACUGGGCAUGCCAGAGAUUGGGUGUGGGAGAGACGUGCCUGAACCUUAAUUGGAUAGAGGCACGUUAGUAGAGUUUACGCUACUCCAGAGCGAGGUUUAACGACUCGGUGGGUAGGUGUAAGACCACUAUACCCUCUUCUCUCUCUCACUAACCACUAACAACUAACUCAGUCCUGGACAGACAGCCCAGAUAGCUGAGGUAUAAGCCCAGGACAGCGUGUUUGAACCUUAAUUGGAUAUAAGCAAGAUAAAAAGUUGAAAUGAAAUGUAUAUAUAAUAAAUAUUAUAUAUACCAAUAGGGGUACGAGACAGGUGCCACCAUCACCACCACCACCACCACCACCACCACCACCACCAUCAUCAUCACCACCACCACCACCGUCAUCAUCAUCACCACCACCAUCAUCAUCACCACUAUCGCAACCACCAUCAUCAUCACCAU